AUGCUAACAGCCUCAAAGAUUAGCCACAUCAUCGGGGCAGUCGGUCUGGUUCUUGUCACCGUCCUGUACAUUGCGCUUCUGCUGAUACCAUGGGUCUUUACAUGUGGCCUCAGCACCGGCCCCGUCUGGGUAUCAAAUCCCAAGACGUGGACAGAGCUACCUCGUGGGGUUGAACCCAUCAAUGUGGACCGCAUGGCCGACUACGACAAAGCGAUCAAGACCAUGAACACCAUCACCUCCAUCUUCGCCAUACCAGUCGUGUACGCCGUCGUCCAACGUGCUGCCAGUGUUGGGUCGCAGUCCAAGCAUAACUUGUGGGACAAUGCCGUCUUGUCGUGGUUGGCAGUCAUCCUCAUCAUGAUCAGUGCGUCACUCAUUCUGAUCGUUAAUCCUCUUGCUAACUCAUCAUGUCCAGCUCUGAUUCUACCUCCCAUUCGCACUCUUGUCGUGAGCCAUGAGACCAUCAAGGUUCCAACCUCCUUUCUCGGCCAAGGUUUUAAGGCUCUUGACGCUACACCUCAAAUGCUAGAGAUGGUCAGCGAAAAUGGGGUGGUGGAAAAAGUCAAACACGGCCUGGUCAACUCCCAAGAGUCUGAUAGACACCCACAAUUAUGGCCCGAAGCUGGCCAGGCAUCAGACGUGUCAAGAACACCCUCGCUCGGCGGGUUUCGUCCAGCCAAUGAGCCUGACAUAAUGGAUCUUUCCCACCAACACAUGUUUGUUUCAUUAGUCCCCAGACCGAACACGGGCUACUACCGAAGCCAUGCUUUGCGGAUGAAGAGUCUUCCGGAUUGCAAGGCGAUUGCCCAGUUUCCCCCGGUUUGCUCUGGACCAAGACCAUUUGCAAGAGUCUUUGAAUCACCAAACACCUUGGUGACUGUUUGCGUACCCGGGGCAUCAGGACGCUCGCCAUGGCCGGACAGGAGCCAAGACAGACGCGAGAUCAAGGAAGAUCUGUUCAUACGGAUGGUCCGGAAUGUUUUGACUGGUGAUGUCCGAAAUCCUUCGCAAAUCAGGCAUCAGAAAACAUACCAUUGCACAGCAACCACGACAAGGGGGUACUUUGAGUUGCCCAACUAUCUCAACGAAGAGAAAGUUGGGCCACUGCUAAACACAUUCCGUGAUCUGGGGCUUGAUGACCUAGAAGGGCACUUUGUCGACGUGAGUCCUAAUCGUGACGUGCCGCUUGGCAGCCCCGAUUUUGUUCAAAACUUUACCACCGAUCCAUUCUUAUCCCUCGGGCCGACCGAGCCAUCAAACAUUGCCCCAGGGCCGCUCAUGAUCUCCGCCCAGGCUCUUUUUGGUAACCAAACUUGGUUCCACACCCUGGCUCGGGCUUUUGUCAACAGCACGGCGUCCAACAAUGCAUCGCUCCCGCGACUUGACGCCCUGGAGACGCUUCAGAUGGUGUGCUUGGAAAACAACAUGCCUCUGGCACGGUUUUCUGCCUUUCCUCCAGCCGAGCUGGUCAUUUCUGACCGUCGCAUGUCCAAGGAAUGUCAAUCUGUUCUCACUCCCCGGAGCAUGCAAGAGGACAGAAUCACAGAGCAACAAGCCGCGACCAAGUUGGAAAACAUGAUGAACGACUUCCUUUCAGUGUUUGAACGAGGGCCCAACACGACCUUGUGGACUGCCAUGGUUCUGGCAAACGAAGCUGUCUUGCAGGCCGCCACCCAGGAUAGUACCUUGGCGCGCAAAGUGUUUGUCGAUCUGGGCCAGGUGAUGACGAACAAGCCCGUCCUAACCCAAGGCGCAGUUGUUGGUGUGAGCCUUCUCGUUGCGUUCCAGGUAUUGGGGCUGGUAGUUUUGGCAGUGUAUUUGAUGAUUGGGAGCUUUGAACCAGCCUGGUUCAUGAAGAGAUUUGCGGGCGAUGGGGAGACGGGGGCUGGUAGCAAAGGGGUAACGAACGAGUAUGAUGAGGAACCCCUGAGGGACCUGAGCACGCCAGCGGGUAGUGAGAGACGGUAG